AUGACGACAGCCAGAAUCUUGCGAAAGCCAAUUAGCUCUGUGAGCAUACGUCAAAACAUAGGCGGCCUAUGUCAGAAUCAUUUGGUCGGCGAGUUUGUCGAGCAUACCGAGGACUGUCAGCUGUUUUACUUAUGCGUUGAAAAUGGUGAAGCAGUAUUGGCAACAUGUCCAUCUACAAUGCUUUUUAAUCCAGAAAGCAAAUUAUGUGAUACUGAAUCGAAUGUAAGAUGCAAAAACAUUACUACCGGCAUUGAAAACAUUGUCAGCACCCCGCCUAAUAGUAUUGAAAAUUUUCAAAACAACGAAGUCACAUAUAUGAUUAAAUACUGCACUGUCUCAACUUCUCAUCAAAAUGACAAUACCAUUAUUUACAUGGGCAGCUCAACCAGUUGCAGUCAGUAUUACAUUUGCUACCAUGGACAACCCAUACUACAGACAUGCAGUGAAGAGCUACAUUGGAAUGCAGUAACAGGUAAAUGUGAUCUACCGGAACUAGCCCAAUGCACGUUGAAAAAACAGGAACCGUCCAAAUUGCAAGUUGACAACGAAUUUAUUCACUGUCCCGACUAUGGGCAACAUCUUUUCCCUCACAUGCAACGUUGUGAAUUCUUUAUAUAUUGUGUUAAAGGACAUGCUACAUUACAGCAAUGUCCGUUUUAUUAUUAUUUCGACGUGAACACAAAAAGCUGUCAAUGGUCACGAACAGCAAUGUGUGUGCGUGAUUUGGAACUUCCUCUACAUUCACGUUAAUCACGUACACGUUAAGUAUCCACUUUUCAAAUUCGGUUGGAUUCAAAUGUAUUUUUAUUAUGUCUAAUGU